GAUGCAAUUGAUUGUCAAAUGUCAUGUGGUCGAAUGGGUACCCGGUACCGGAGUUCAAUUUUCUAUCUUUUCAAUUUUCCCAAAUUAUUCCCUAUCUUUCUAAUUCCUUUUAAAAUGGAGAAACGAUACCACCAUUUCAAUUUCCAGCGAAUUCCAUUUUUUCUGUAAAAACCCUAAAAUUUCAAACCGUCCUUUCUCCCUCUCUUUACUAUUUCUUCUUUGUUCCGAGUUUCUUCUCAUAUUCUUAACACUUUUCUCUUCAGAUUUCGAUCUUCAUCGUAUUGAUCUGUUUUCGAUUGAUUGAUUGAUUGAUUUUUCUUCCUGUUUCAAAAAUCGCCAAUCAGCUCGUUUAUCUUGCUGAUUCGUUGUUUUUCUCUUUUCUUGAAUCUUUUCGUUGUAUUUGGGAACUUGCUGAUUAAUUUAGGGUUUGGUGUUCGCGAAAUCAAUCGAGGCUGGCGAAUUUGGAGGUGUAGUAAAUGGCGGUUUCGCCUGGUUUCUGCCUACCUUUUCCAAGUUUGGAAGUCAUUGAAGAAGAAUUAACGUUUGUUUUAGAGAUACAGUAUACGUAUAAUAAUAGUGAGGGAGAAAGAGAAGAAGAAGAAGCAUGCUGAGUGUGAUUAGGGUGCAUAUUCCGUCCGACAUUCCCAUUGUAGGUUGCGAACUUUCUCCUUAUGUUUUGCUUCGGAAACAGGAUAAGACCAUUUUUUCUGAGGAUGUUCCUGAAACUGCUCCCAUUGAUGGCCAUUUUUUGAGAUACAAGUGGUAUCGUGUACAGAGUGACAAAAAAGUUGAUGUGUGUUAUGUGCAUCCAACUGAGCAAGCGACUAUACAGUGCAUUGGCUGUAUAAAGGGCAAGAUUCCUGCUGCUAAAAGCUACCAUUGCUCUUCGAAGUGCUUUCUAGAUGCUUGGCAGCAUCACCGUGUACUGCAUGAACGUGCUGCCAAUGCUUUGAAUGAGAAUGGAGCUGAAGAUGAAGAAUUGUAUGGACGCUUCAAUAGCUCUGGCUCUGGAGUCACUAACACUGGUUUGACUCCAUCUGCAUCAAAUCUCAGUUUGAAUAAUGGAUCAACUCCUCUAUAUCCUACUGCUGUUACACAAAGGAGUGGCGGUGAAACUUGGUUUGAAGUCGGGUAUUCUAAGACAUAUACCCCUUCAGCUGAUGAUAUUGGUCACGUACUGAAAUUUGAAUGUGUUGUCAUAGAUGCUGAUACAAAGCAAACAGUUGGACACCCCAUGACUUUGACCACAUCUCGUGUCAUCCCUGCACCUACACCAACUCCACGCCGCAUGAUUUCAGUUAGUGGGAUGGAUGUGAUUGGGCCUUUCGAUUCAGAUGGACGUGUUGCGUCUUCAGGAACUUUUACUGUGCUUUCUUAUAACAUAUUGGCAGACUCUUAUGCCACAAGUGAUACAUAUAGUUAUUGUCCCUCAUGGGCCCUUUCUUGGCCAUACCGUAGACAAAAUCUGUUGCGAGAAAUUGUGGGAUAUCGUGCUGACAUUGUUUGUCUUCAAGAGGUUCAACACGAUCAUUUUGAAGAAUUUUUUGCUCCUGAGCUUGACAAACAUGGCUACCAAGCUCUGUAUAAGAGAAAAACAUCAGAGGUCACACAAGCAGGUGAUGGGUGUGCAACAUUUUUCCGUAGAGACAGAUUUUCUCAUGUUAAAAAAUACGAGGUUGAAUUUAAUAAGGCUGCUCAAUCUCUAACAGACGCUGUAGUUCCUAUUACCCAGAAGAAAACUGCUCUGUAUAGACUUGUUAAGGAUAAUGUUGCACUAAUAGCUGUACUGGAAGCAAAAUUUACUCAUCAUGGCGUUGAUACUCCUGGAAAGAGACAGCUUUUUUGUGUUGCAAAUACACAUGUAAAUGUGCAGCAAGAACAUAAGGACGUCAAACUCUGGCAGGUCCAUACUUUGUUGAAGGGGUUGGAAAAGAUAUCUGCCAGCGGUGAUAUCCCAAUGUUAGUGUGUGGAGACUUUAAUUCAACUCCUGGAAGUGCUCCUCAUGCUCUUCUUGCAAUGGGUAAAGUUGAUCCAUUUCAUCCUGAUUUAGCAGUGGACCCUUUGGGAAUAUUGCGGCCUCAUACAAAGCUUGCGCAUCAGCUGCCCUUGGUCAGUGCAUAUUCGUCCUUUGCAAGAGGGAUCAGUCCAUCUUUAGAGCAGCAAAGGCGAAGAAUGGAUUCUUCUACAAAUGAGCCUUUGUUCACAAAUUGCACGAGAGAUAUUAUUGGGACUCACGAUUACAUAUUUUACACAGCUGACUUUUUGACGGUAGAAUCCUUACUUGAACUAUUGGAUGAAGAAAGCUUACGGAAGGAUACAGCUCUUCCUUCUCCGGAGUGGUCUUCUGAUCAUAUUGCACUGUUAGCUGAAUUUCGUUGCAAACCAAGAAUCAGACGUUAGUACUUGAGGUUGAAAUGGUUUGUUUUGCACCAGGCUAACAAAUACUCUUCUAUCAGCUGGCUGCCUGAAAGACAUGAUGAUGACAAUUUGUGAGAAAUUUACGGCUAUAUCUUUUGGAAGUCAUUUUAAGCAACGGUGGUUCAUCCCCAGGUAUUAUCGCCUUAUAGGAGGGGAAGAGGAAUUUUCUUGGCUAUGAUUUGCCCGUUAUCAUGUCAAGUUGUGCCAUAGAAAAAUGUGAUCAUAUUCAAAAUUUUCUUUUUUCAAUAGAAAUUAUCACAGCUUAUCUGUGGGCUCAAUGUGAUUAGUGAUGUCCUUUUGCUCAAGUUUUUACAGAAACAACACAAUAGUUUUGCAAUUCCAAGGGGCUCCACUUCUUUAGGUUUUCUCUAUGUUCCUUAGCAGUGGGUAAUAGUCCCUCAUUUUUCUUAGUACAAAAGCAAGAUAACAGAGAUACAGUUGUUGAUUGUCUGCUUCUACAAAAUAUAGUAUGAUAGUCAUCCCAUUUUCUUUUCAA